UGCAUUUCCGGCGGUAGUAGCGGGGUGGCCUGGCCUCCUGCUCCUUGGGGUUCUCUUGUCUCGCUCCCCCCCGCCCCGCUCUCGCCCCCUUCCCCGCCCGCCCGCCGCCAUCAUGAAGGACGUGCCGGGCUUCCUGCAGCAGAGCCAGAGCUCCGGGCCGGGCCAGGCCGCCGUGUGGCACCGCCUGGAGGAGCUCUACACCAAGAAACUCUGGCACCAGCUGACUCUGCAGGUGUUGGACUUUGUGCAGGACCCCUGCUUUGCUAAAGGAGAUGGACUCAUCAAGCUUUACGAGAACUUCAUCAGUGAGUUUGAACACAGGGUGAACCCUCUGUCCUUGGUAGAGAUCAUUCUUCAUGUAGUUAGACAGAUGACAGAUCCCAAUGUGGCCCUUACUUUCCUGGAAAAGACUCGAGAAAAGGUGAAAAGCAGUGAUGAGGCUGUGAUUUUAUGUAAAACAGCCAUCGGGGCUCUGAAGUUAAACAUUGGCGACCUACAGGUUACAAAGGAGACCAUAGAGGAUGUUGAGGAGAUGCUGAACAAUCUCCCUGGGGUGACAUCUGUUCACAGCCGUUUCUAUGACCUUUCCAGCAAGUACUACCAGACAAUUGGGAAUCAUGCCUCUUACUAUAAGGAUGCAUUGCGGUUCCUGGGCUGUAUUGAUGUCAAGGAUCUGCCAGUGUCAGAGCAGCAGGAGAGAGCCUUUACCUUGGGGCUGGCAGGACUCCUAGGAGAAGGAGUUUAUAAUUUUGGGGAGCUGCUCAUGCACCCUGUGCUGGAGUCCUUGAGAAACACUGACAGACAGUGGCUGAUUGACACACUUUAUGCCUUCAAUAGCGGUAAUGUAGAGAAAUUCCAGGCUCUGAAGACUGCCUGGGGCCAGCAGCCAGACCUGGCUGCAAAUGAAGCUCUUCUCCUGAAGAAGAUCCAGCUGCUGUGCCUCAUGGAGAUGACUUUCACCCGACCAGCCAAUCACAGACAGCUCACUUUUGAAGAGAUUGCUAAAAGUGCCAAAGUCACCGUGAAUGAGGUGGAACUGCUGGUGAUGAAGGCUCUCUCAGUAGGGUUAGUAAAGGGCAGUAUUGAUGAAGUGGAUAAGAAAGUGCACAUGACCUGGGUCCAACCACGUGUGCUGGAUUUACAGCAGAUCAAGGGGAUGAAGGACCGUCUGGAGUUCUGGUGCACAGAUGUGAGGAGCAUGGAAAUGCUGGUGGAGCACCAAGCCCACGAUAUCCUAACAUAGAAGACCUUGCACUGCCUGAGUGAAUAACUCUUGCUGCUGCUGAAACUGGUGGCGCUCAGACCACUGGCUCUGUACAGAAUUAUAUUAAAGGGGGGGCAUGGGGAGGUCGGGAAGAACUACUUUUUGAUGCUUGUACAGAGGAGUAAGUGGCCUUUACUGUGUAACCCUUUGGUGCUUAAGUCAGGAAUUCCCUGUGCGCCAACAGUCUGCUGCACUGACCAUAGGAGCUCCUGUCCUACUGUCACCAAGGGGGAUAAGGGCUCAAUAAUGGUGGUUGAAUCAGUCUUAGUGUCAAACUGUUGCACUGGAGGGUGCUGGUGGUAGCUACAUGGUAGAGUCAUUAGCCCAGUAGAUGGGUGCUUCUGUCCUAAACUGUGCUAGAGAGAGAGAUGCCAUAUUCCCACUAUCAGGCAUUGCUGAUGUGGUGAUUGGACUUUGGAGAGCAUGACUUUCUCCCCCGUAGCCCCUCCUCCUAACAGCCCAAAGGCAGCAUUACCAAGACACCUGACCCCCACAGUUGGCAGUAAAGGGAGCUGCUCACCCCAUCAGGGGGUUUGCCAGGAAUAAAAUCAUUAAUUUAGUGCAUUUGGUUUUAUAUCCUUUUUGGGUUUAUUCUUGUCUUUCAUGAACACUUUAUUGUGAAGUGUGGUGCAGCAGUAUUGCUGGAAUAAACUUCUCUGCCUUCCCUCUUCUACAGUUCUGUUCACAUGCUCUUGUGCUAACUCUUGGGUUGUGUCCUGUUUAAGGGGGAACUGAAAUAUUCUUUAAAAUCUAACUGAAUAACGUAAGAUCUUACACGGCAUGCCAGGUGUAGUCUUCAUUACAGAGCAAUACAUCUUAACAAUGAAUUGAAAUAUUGGUGACUGCCAAGAGCAGCAUUCAAGGAUCUGUCUUGUUAGGAGCUGUGUUUCUGACACGUUUCUCAACAUCUGACUCUGUCACCCAUACUCACAUGGAGUAGCAACUUUCGGUGAGGAAAGAUGACAGAACUAGGCUGCAGAUAAUGAAUGUUUUUCUAAUAUAGUUUAAGCUUCAUUGCUUUGGUUUAGUCUGCCUGUGUAUUCUGGCACUGUCCAUGGCUCUUAUACCAGUGUUUAGUUAAAUAGUCUUUCAGUUCAAUGAUAGUCACUUUUCCGUAGUAUUACUAGUAGUGUGGCCAGCUUGGGUCUUUCAUGGGGGGGGGUGGAUUUUUCAUACAGCCAGGAGAGAAAGCUGGUAAAGGGGCCCGUGACCAGUCUAUUUGAAAAGACACCUUUCUUGGGCUACUACUUCAGCUGGGGGAAUGAAUGGAGUGAUUGUGGGGGUGGGGCACAGGUUCCACAUCAAAGAGAUGGCUGCCUGCUGCCCUAGGCUAUGAUGGUACAAGUGCCAAAGGAAAUGUGAUGUGUGAGCAUAAACACUAGUCAGGAUGAUACCAAAGCAGGUCUUUAAUCUCCGCUAGGUGGCUGGUGCUCUUUUGUGUGUGGCACUGACUUCAGUGGUUGCUGCUGCAGACAGCAACUGAGCCCCCUUUCCACCUGUCAAUUGGGCAGAUGGUGUCAAAUGAAAAAGAAAUUAUAGUGACAAACUUCCAGGACGAUUUAUAAAGUUAGCUUUAAACAGUAAGAUCCAGUACUUAUAUUCUUGCACCAUGUGCUUGGGACAGUAUCCUAGGACUGGCUUAUUCCAAAAGCUGGCAUGCUAUUCACCAGUGCUUGUGCCUAUAGUUCAUCAAAGUAUACAAGUUGGAUUUCUUCACCAGGCAAAGACUCCUGCCAACACAAUAGGAUUUCCCAUGGUUGUAGUUCUGCAUAUGCUUUUCAAGUCUUUCCUCACACUCGUGACAAGCGCACCACAAAUAGGGUGCAUGUUAGUGCAAUAAUAGUGAACAGAGGUAGAGAAGAUCUGAAGGUGUGAGACUUGAUUAGAUGUACACCAGUUUCACCUGUGGAGUUUGGUUAUAAAAUGACUUAAUCCUUUUUACUCUUUGACCUCCAUGUUCAGUUGAACAACCUUGCCUGGCAGUAAAAUCCUGCAUAAAUAACAUUUCCUUUUUUAUAAGUUCUAAAUUAUUUAAUUUCAGCAAGUGGCCCCUUGUUUUCACAUCUACCAUCAUGUUCCCUAGCCACGCCACUCUGUCAAACCCUAUUUGGAGAGUCUCUCUCUCCUCCCUUGUUUUAGCCACUGAAAUAAUUCUGUGAUGUUUGCAAGUGUCAUGGUCCAUUUCCUCCUCCAACCUUGUGCAAUCUGAAAACUUCCCAUAUUUAUGCCCUGAGUCAUUAAUAUAUGCAAGACUGCUCGCAAACCUAAUUCCUAAGACACCCUCACUAUGUACUGCCACUUCUCAUGAUUCAGUCUGUGAUGCACAGGUAAGGAGCAAAUAACCAUGGUGAUGAAUAUAUUUUCUGUCAUAUUUCAGGGUUGGGCUAAGUGGAGGGCUUUUAAAAAUAAUGUAGAACCUCACUAGUUCAUGCUGACUGAGAGCCACUGGAAAGUAGAAAGUAAUGGAACAAACAUCAUAAAGCAGAGUUAAUGUAUGACUUGGCAGUUUAGUUUUAAUUGCAAUACUUAAUAGGUUCCUAAUUCUCGAAGCAGUGGAGCUCAGGAGACCUCAUUACAGCCCUUUCAGUAGUGUGGAGAGAGGGCUAGGUUUGGCGUGAGAUGGGGAUAAGGGUGGGGGGACCAACAGAAGUGGAUUAGGGAGUUUCCCCUAUCCUAGUGAACCAUGGGCUUUUAUUGUAUUAACCUUUUCAAAUAACUCCGGUAGGUUUCGUAGACAUGAUAUUCACUAAAGAAACUAAUCCCUCUUUGAGACGGGGUUGUCAUGAUAGAAGCAGAGUUACUGCCCCCUUUCUGAAUUACCCUUGCAAUCAGCUUUCCUGGAGCAGCCUUGGCUGUGUUUGCUUGGCACUAAUUCCCCGUUAGCUAUUUUGUGAGGGAGGGGGGAGAAACGACAUGUGGCCUAGAUCCACAAAAGUAUUUAGGCUCCUAACUUCCAUUGACUUCAGUGCGAGUUAAGAUCCUACAUAGUGUUGUGGAUCUGGGCCAAUGGGCCUGGUUUUUCAGGCAUGUGGAGCACCUACAACAGCUAAAGUCUGUGAACUAUAAAUGUGCAGAAGCCCCCACUUAACAGCUUUCCAGUCUUACUGAACAGUGAAUGGCCAUGUAGCAUAUUCUUGCCAGUAUCUCUGCUCUAUUGCACUUUAGUGACUGGGCCUGCAACCUGAGUGCACUUGAGCAUAGUAAGUUGUUCCUCAUGGACUUGAGUUAAGGCUACACUGUAAAGCUGGUGAGUGGGGAUGCGUGAAAUGUCCAUCUUAAGAGGAAAAUCCCAUUGUGCUAGGUGUAGUACAGAUUAGGGUCUACUCUAACCAGCAUAUACAAUCCAAUUCUUCUACUCAAACAAAAACCCUGCUCAGCCCAUUGUGGUUUUUUUCAUGGUGUUUUAAUUAUAAAAUCCUCAAAGGUUGCCAUGAAGGGGUUUGUUCAAUAGUCUCCUCUUCCCAUUUUCCUGAACUAGGCAGGAUGCAGCUUCAUCCUGUGUCUCACUCGCUAGGCUUGUUCUUGUAGUCCUCCAGAUGUGCCAGAAUCCAGCCCGAAGGGAUCAGGAAGGCU